AUGGGGGGCUGCGUUCUCUCGGUGAUGGACGCGAGGAAUCGCUACUCCAUCGUCCCCCACAAGGAGGUGAUGGAGUACCGUCAGCUUGGCGCGCUGAACGUCCCCAUCCCAGGCACUGAAAAGCCCAACGCGUCAGCAAUCUAUCGCAUUGCCGGAUACGAUGACGCGCAGCACAAGCAACUCUCAAAAGAGGCGUACUACGGGCCAAACCUCACGCAGCGGUUGGAGGCAAUAUGCCUCCGCGGCCCUAAUCGACGUGCGCUUGCCUAUCGCCCCGUCGAUCGCGUGGAGCAGGAGAUGGUGAUGGACAACAUUACGGGCAAGGAGCGGGCCAUGGAUGUCACCUACCUGAAGGAGACCCAGUACAUGACGUUUGAAACUCUCUGGGAUAUGAUCGUUUCGUUUGGGCGUGGCCUGGUCGAGCUCGGGAUUCCGCCGGACGCCAACGUCGCCAUUUAUGAGGAGACCCGCUGGGAGUGGCUGGCGACCAUCUACGGCAUUUGGUCGCAGGGCAUGGUGGCCUGCACGGUGUACGCCACGCUGGGCGAGGACGCCUUGGCGUACGCAAUAAAGGAGACGGCCUGCAAUGCGAUUGUGUGUAACGCAAAGAACUCUGUCUUCCUCGUUAAGUUGAUGAGUGAGGGCGCCAUCACGAUGGCCCCGAUUAUUUACAACGGCACCCUUCCUGCAUCGUUUGAUGCAAAGAGCUGCCGUGUCCUUCCGUGGACGGAGGUGGUGGAGAUGGGCCGCCGCGCCGCGGAGCGUAUUCCCCUGCGAAUGCCGACGGACAACGACCUGGUGGCGCUAAUUAUGUACACAAGCGGCACCACGGGGGACCCGAAGGGCGUCAUGCACACACACGGCUCGCUUGGGGCGGGGGUGCGAGGGCUGACGCACCGGGUGAUGGAUAACGUUGGCCCUUACGAGGAGGGUGAAACUUACUGCGUCUACCUCCCCCUUGCCCACAUUAUGGAGUUCAGUGUCAUGAACAUCUUCCUUGCACGCGGGGCGCUCAUCUGCUUCGGGACGCCGCGAACCUUAACGAUGGCCACUGCCCGCCCCACAGGCGACUUUGCGGAGUUUAAUCCUGCGUUUAUCCUUGGCGUGCCACGCAUCUUUGAAACGCUUAAGAAGGCCAUUCAGGCGAAGCUGCCCCCCGUGGGCACAGUGCAGCGCAGCGUCUUUGAUCACGCCUAUAAGACGCGUCUUCAGGCGCUAAUGGACGGGAAGGACACGCCGUACUGGAACCAAAAAGUGUUUGGCAAACCGCGGGAGGUUUUGGGUCGCAAUUUGCGCAUGAUACUUUCUGGCGGUGCCCCCAUCAGUGAGGCCACGCAGGAGUUUGUCAACGUCGUCUUUGGGUUGAUGGUUCAGGGAUGGGGCCUCACAGAGACGGUGUGCGUGGGAGGUAUUCAGCGCCGUGGCGACACUGCUCUUGCGUCGGUGGGACAGAUGGAGCCAACAGAGGAACUGAGGCUGCUUGACGUGGAGGAGUACAGACACACCGACACGCCGGAGCCGCGGGGGGAGAUUCUGCUGCGUGGCCCGUUUCUCUUCAAGGGGUACUACAAGCAGGAGCAACUCACACGGGAGGCCAUCGACGAGGAGGGGUGGUUCCACACAGGGGACGUGGGCAGCAUCACGGCGGACGGUAGCUUGCGCAUCAUUGGCCGUGUGAAGGCGCUGGCGAAGAAUGUGCUGGGCGAGUACAUCGCGCUGGAGGCGCUGGAGUCGAUGUACGCACACAACGCACUGUGCUUGCCUGGUGGUGUUUGUGUGCUUGUCCAUCCCGCCCGUGCCUACAUUUGCGCGUUGGUGUUGGCGGACGAGGCAAAGGUCAUUAGAUUCGCGCGGGAGCAGGGCAUUGAGGGCAGUUAUCCUGAGCUCCUGCGUGACCCAGAGUUUCAGCGCAGGACCGCUGAGUCCAUGCAGGCAACGGCGCGGGAAGCGAAGCGCAAGCCCAUGGAGUGUGUGCGUCAUGUGUGCUUUCUUGACGACGAGUGGACGACUGAGAAUGGGAUCCUCACCGCGGCUGCCAAGCUGAAGCGCCGCGAAAUUGACAAGCGGUACGCCGACGUCAUUCAAAAUCUUUUUGCCGACCCUUGA